AUGCGAGAGAAGACACGCGAUUCUCACAGGCCCGACAGUGACGGAAUGGCAGAUGAAGGCAUCGAAUUAAGGUCCCCGUUUCCUGUCGUACCACCCCUAAAGGAUUCGAAAUGGAAUGAUCUGCCGACGUCGGCGGAUGGAGAGAGCAGACCCGUGGAACCUCCCAAAUUGCUUCCAGACAUCGGAGAGACUCAUCCGUGUCCGUAUUUUGUUGGGCGGGAAUUAAAUUUCAUAAAACCAAGGGAAGAAAGGGAAAAGAAGAAGAAAGAGGUAUCUCCUCCUAUUAUAGUACCGCCUGUUACAGUUCCUCUAGUGCAACCACCUAUAGAAACACUGGCACAACCUUUAAUAGAAAAGUCGCCUGAAAUUCCGAGGAAUACAGAAAAGGAGAUAUCCACUUUCGAAUCCUUUCUCGACGAGUGUCUUCAUGGAAUUGCUUGGGAAUGUGUUACGCAACACAGCAGGGAUCUCUCUAGAGAAAUGUUCUGUGCCUUGAUUUCUAGCAAUGCGAAGAAAUUCAUUUUGGAUAAAGAAACUCUAAAUGUUCUGAGAAAAAAAUUGUUUAAGAAGAACAGUGAUCCAAACUGGUCGGAACCAUGUGAGCCCAUAGACAGGUUAAAGUUUGAUGUCCUAUCUUGUCAAGCUUACAAAUUAACAAAAGCAAGGUAUACUUUGUCAAAUGAAGCCAUAUCUGAAUUCCACAGAAGAACCGUAGCUCAGUCUAUAUCCGAAAAAUUGAUGGAUCUUUAUAAUAAUGACAUGGAAAAGAAAUUGAAGAAACAAGAUUCGAAGGAGUUGAAACAGAAUCCACCUCGCGUAGCGUCUUUCAUCACUAUUUGAAAUAUUCCAUUAGAUGCAUAAUGAUAUAUUUUUAUAUUAAUGAAAUGUACUUUGAAAUGUUAUUGAGUUAUAAUAAA